GGUCAUAUGUAUAGUUAUACUGUAUAGUGAGAACUUUCUCUUUAUGAAUCAUUCCCAUAAUCUCUGCCCACUCCCUUUCGUCACCGUAAUGUUCGGUGAGUAAAAUGAACUGCAACCGAAAGUGAAAGCAUUGGAUGAUGUCUAAAGGGGUGGAGAUAAAGGGAGAGGAAAACAGAGGACAAAGGAAAUCUCUCUAUUCUGGAUCACAGCAACACCAAGAUGCAGUCCCUCAAAGAUCACGAUGCUCUCAUUCCUCAGCCUCGUGGGACUUUGCCUAAGGUGUGUGCUGCGGCACUGGCUGCCAUGACGAUAGGAGGCACAGUAAUUCUGUCUCCUGAAAGGUUAUUUGGAUGGGUUGCCAUGGUAAUACUCAUCCUGACCCUCGGUCCUCUGCUGCACGGCCUCUGUCUGCUUGCAGAGGAGAUGAUUUACCAUUCCAAUACGAGGUAUCGAGGCAGAGGGCUGCUGAGCCAUGUGCUGCCAGCCUGUGGGUUGGGGGGAAAGACCCUGCUGGCUGCGGGUCUGGCAGGCCUUCUGCUCUACCUGGCCGAAAAUCCUCUGCCACACAAAGGCCAAUGCUGGAAACUCCUCUUCCUGGCCUCGGCCCUUUACGCGUUGUUCAAAAGCCUGGGAGUCUUGGGUCCGUCGGAGGUGGAGGUGUCAGACGUCUGCGAGGGGAGGAAGAUGAACGUGGCCCACGGCCUGGCCUGGUCCUUCUACCUUGGCUACCUGCGACUGGUGCUGCCGCGUUUGGAGGGCUCCAUCGCAGCAUUUCGUGCCACCCAUCAGGACAACAGCUCCUCCUGGGGUCGUGGCUCCAGGAAACUCCUCAUCCUCGUACCUCUCAACGCCAACAUUUCUCACAAGCUGGAGGAAGAGGAUGACAACAUCUGUUUCUGUGACAACCUCCCCAACAGCGAGAUAGACAGGGCAGGAGUCCGGGGGCGGGUCUACAAGCACAGCGUCUACAGUGUAUUGGACGAGCAUGGAAAGGCCCAUGAAUGUGUGGUAGAGUAUGCGACGCCUCUGCUGACGCUGUACAGCAUGUCCCAGGAGAGCAGCGCUGGUUUCGGGGAGCCGGAGCGCAGACAGCAGGUCCUGCUCUUCUACAGGACGCUGCAGGACAUACUGGAGCACUCGCUGGAGUGCCGCAACCGCUACAAACUCAUCCUGCUUAAUGAUGAGCAUGAGGACGACCCUCACUUCCUGUCCAAAGCUAUCCUACGCCACCUUCAGCAGCAGGAGAAAGAGGAGUUCUGCCUCACCCCACCUCCUCACCAGGAGAUGGUGCAUCCGUUGGCGAGCGCAUCCGGUGCCCCGGCUGUGAACGGUGACUGGCACCACCCUGAGCAAAUGAGCAGGGAGCCUACGCUCAUGUUCAGCCUUGAGAAACCUCAGCCUCUGAGGGAACCUGUCGAGAACACUUAUCAAUGAACAAUAUACUGUAAAUACAUGCUCAGGCAACGGGGAACAUAAACACACACACGCCAAGGUUAUAAUUGUU